AAUUCGCUUGGUGGACAAGUCUGUCGGGUCGGAUCACAGGUUCACAGCUCAGAGGACGCGAGUAAUUCGGUGUGAGCGGGGGGAAAAGGAGGAAAUGAAGUUAUUCAGCAGGUCCUUGGCUCCCGGGCACAGCACGCGAUCCCAGCGUUUGGUUGGGAGUAGCUUCCCGUUAAAGCCCAGGUCCCAAGUUACAAGGUGCGAGGUUUUUUGUUAACUAUUUCGGAAGGUGUAAGGAAUUUCCAUUCCUUACUGACUCGUCACGUUCGGCCUACAUUUUCGACCCAACCCUUUCUCGAGUCGCGUCCGACAGCGUCGCCACAUUGCCGAACCUACCCACGUCCCGAGGUUAUCGUCAUAUUACGUCUACUCCUAUAUAACCUCGUGCUUUCAUUGCAAUAGUGACCUUGUAUUCUCACGUUAUACGCGCGAUAAAAGCGGGAGCAGCAGCAUACGCCGUCGAUCUUCGCGAAGUGACGUCGCCGAUAACUGCGGAAGAUAUCACGAAGCUGUGUGAAGCCGUUCCUCCGGAUUUAGCGGAACUCAUUCGAAAAUACCCCGAGAUUUUCCCGGACGACCUACCCGCCGGACUCCCGCCAAGCCGACCCGAAGACCAUCGCAUCGAGCUGGAACCAGGCGCACAACCGACAGUACAGCGACAAUUUCGGCUCAGCCAACCUGAACUCGAAGAAUUGCAGCAGCAGUUAGAUUACCUCAUGACGAAGGGUUUUAUCCGACCCAGCACGUCCCCAUACGCCGCCCCGAUACUGUUCACACCGAAAAAAGAUGGAGGAUUCCGCAUGUGCAUCGACUACCGCGCGCUCAACCGCAUCACCAUCAAGUCCCGUUACUCGAUCCCGCUAGCCGACGACCUCCUCGACCAACUUCGCGGAGCCAAGUUCUUCUCGAAAAUCGACCUUCGAGGAGGUUACCAUCAAAUUCGCGUCACCGCCGACGAUUGUCACAAAACCGCUUUCCGAACCCGCUACGGCAAUUACGAAUACCUGGUGAUGCCUUUUGGCCUCACAAACGCGCCCUCGACUUUUCAGAUGACCAUGAACGGUGUUUUCCGCGAACUCCUGGAUAAAUGCGUAAUUAUCUACCUCGACGACAUCCUAAUCUACAGCUGCAGCAGGGAGCAGCACUUAAAGGAUCUUGAUGCAGUCUUCACGCUGCUGCACAAGAAUCGCCUCAUCACGAAAGGGUCUAAGUGCGAUUUUCUUAAGCAAGAGUUGGAGUUUUUGGGCCACGUCGUCUCUACCGAAGGAGUGAAAAUCGACCCCAAGAAAAUCAAGACUAUACAGGAAUGGAAGCCGCCGACCAACCUCAAGGAACUACAGAGUUUUCUGGGUUUCGUCAACUACGUCCGCUGCUUCAUCCCCAAUAUGGCUGGGUUAUCUGCUCCUCUAACUGACCGACUGAAGGAUCACGACUGUUUUUGGUGGGGAGAGAAGCAGCAAGCUGCAUUCGACCAACUCAAAAUCGCCCUCACGUCGCCACCCGUACUUCGCAUCUCCGAUCCCGACCGUCCAUACGAAGUCGUCACCGACGCCAGCGACAUCGCCAUCGGUGCUGUUCUCCUCCAGGACUUCGGCGACGGGUUACAACCAGUCGCCUACGAAUCACAGAAACUGCAGGGCGCGGAGAAAAACUAUACCGUACACGACAAGGAAAUGCUGGCGAUCGUCCACGCGUUCAAGACCUGGCGGUGCUACCUGACCGGAGCUGAUGUCACGAUUCUGUGAACCUUUUCAAGUGACCAACCUA